AUGGCAAAGGAGACCAAGAUCUUUGGUGCCAGUACAGCAGCUAAGCAACGCAAAGACAAGAAGCAGAUCAUCUCGAACGACUUAUCCAAGAACUUCCAAAUUGCCCUCGCCAAGUACUCUCAAUACCCUCCUGAUGAUGUGGUUCGCAUGAUUAUUCACUGUGACAAAGAGUUUUUGGAGAACCCUGUCGUUAUGGAUUUCCUGCAAAGAGACGAGAUGUGCACUAUUCCUGAAAAUGUUGCUAAACUGAUGGCGCCGUACAGCCGUGACUGGACUGUUCCAGGGGCUACCAGUUCCGAGCGUGAACAGGAUCCUAUCGAGCUCACUCGUGAGGAUCAGAUCUACCUGGCCACUUCCUUCGAGCUAAACCAUUACUGGAAGGCCAGAAUGCGUGCCCUUGCCUUGACUCGCUCCUUUGAGCAAGAGUAUGAGGAGAUCUCGACCAAGUUGCAAGAGGUUGUUGUUGUCAGCGAGUCUCUGCGAGAUUCCGUGGCGUUGAUGAACGUUCUUGGUCUCAUUUUGGAUAUUGGAAAUUUCAUGAACGAUGCCAACAAGCAAGCCCAGGGUUUCAAACUAAGCUCUCUUGCUCGCCUGGGAAUGGUCAAGGACGACAAGAACGAGACCACUUUUGCCGAUCUGGUUGAGCGUAUUGUGCGAAACCAAUACCCUGAAUGGGAGAGUUUCUCUGAGGAAAUUAGCGGAGUUGUCGGCCUCCAGAAAAUCAACGUGGAUCAACUGUGUACUGAUUCCAAGAAGUAUGUCAGUAACAUCAAGAACAUCCAAGCCAGCUUGGACGCUGGUAACUUGAGUGAUCCGAAGAAGUUCCAUCCCCAGGAUCGAGUCAGUCAGGUUGUCCAGCGCAGCAUGAAGGAUGCUCGUCGCAAGGCCGAACAGCUGCAGCUUUACCUGGAUGAAAUGGUCAAGACAUAUGACGAUAUCAUGGUCUUCUAUGGUGAAGACAAUACCGAUGAAAAUGCUCGCCGAGACUUCUUCGCGAAAUUGGCUUCCUUCUUACUUGAAUGGAAGAAAUCGCGCGAGAAGAACAUUGGCUUGGAAGAGUCUCGGAAACGCACCGAGGCGUCCCUUGCUCGUAAGCGAAUCAAUGUUAACCUUGCCAACGGCAACCCGGUGUCCGAAGUACCGAGUUCGCCCGCAUCAAGUGGUGCAAUGGAUUCGCUACUUGAGAAGUUGCGUGCAGCUGCACCUCAAGCCAAAGAUCAGCGUGAUCGCCGUCGGCGUGCCCGUCUUAAGGAACGCCAUCAAGUCAGAGUGGCAUCUGGUACAAAGCCACCUGAUACGUCCGGUGGAGACGAAGGCGAUGAUGCCGAUCAGGCCCCCAAUGGGGACGCCAAUGUUGGUGAAAAUGGCCUAUUAAGCCCUCCCCCCGAUGAUGAGGGUAAAGAGGCCCAGAUCUCCGAAGGCGAAGACGUUGCAGAUCGCGCAGCCAGCAUGCUCAUGGGCCUGCGAAGCAAUUCCGAUGCAAGCGGGGAACGUCAACGACGACGAAGAGAGAGUGCGGAUGAAGAACGACGAAACCGUCGCAUGCGACGACGCAACGGACCUAUGUCUGACAGUAAAGAGAGUGCUGAUGGCACUCUUCCAACUGUACCAGAACCUGUAUCACCCACCCAGACAGACCCAAUCAGUGCUGAAGAUCACAUAUUAUCGAGUCCUACUCAGGAAUCUCACCCCUCCGCACCCCCUUCUAUUGUUGUUUCAGAACAACAUGAUACUCCACAAGAACCAACUGAUGGUUCAGCCAGUCAUCCGAUUGAGUUGUCGGAUUGA